AUGUGGGUUUCGGUAUUGACCUCACUCGUCUUUUUGGCUGGCGCCCUUGCGCUCGACUGCAACGGGCAUUCUGAGCUCUGUGAUCGCAAGUACAGCAACGUAUCAUUCAUUGGAGCCCACAAUUCUCCAUUCGUCGGAAUUUUGCCUUCGGAUAAUCAGCUGGAGGACGUUGAAGACCAACUCAAUCAAGGCGUGCGUUUUCUGACCGCGCAGACACAUGACAAGGACGGCGCUAUCCAGCUAUGCCAUACUUCAUGCGCCUUGCUUGAUGUCGGCACCCUUCAGGAUUUCCUGGGGACCGUCAAGACGUGGUUGGACGGGAACAGUAACGAAGUAGUCACACUACUGAUCACCAAUGGGGACGCCAUAGACAUCAACAAGUUUGGAGAUGCUUUCAAAGCAGUGGGGCUGGAUGCAUACGCAUAUUCCCCCGGCGACACCCUGACUAUCGACGAUUGGCCAACACUAGGCACCCUGGUUUCCAGUAACAAGAGAGUGGUUGUCUUUAUGGAUUACCACGCAGAUACGUCAAAAGUGGGAUACAUCCUGGACGAGUUCCAAUACUACUUUGAGACGCCAUUCGAUACUACGGACAAGAAUUUUCCCCAAUGCGAUCUAGACAGGCCGUCGGGGGCCUCGGCGGAUGGGCGCAUGUAUAUUGUCAACCAUAAUCUCGAUGUUGACAUUUUUGGCAUCUUGAUCCCGGACCUUGCUGAAGCUCCUAACACGAACUCGCUUUCCUCGAUCCUCGCGCAGUCGGAUCUUUGCAUCAACAACUACCGAAAGGAUCCAAAUGUAGUACUACUUGACUUCGUUAGUAUAGGGGACGGAAUAGAAGCCCAGGACAAUCUGAACGGGCUGUAA